UAAAAGGAGAGAAAUAUCACUACAGUAACAUCAACUGAUAACCUAUCACAUUAUCUUAAUAAGUAUAUAAUAAAGAUACUAUACUGAGAUGAUGUUAGCUGGUAAACUGAUGUACAGUUUAAUGAUAAUAAUUGUUAUUAUUAAUACUGUCAAUGGAAACUGUCCUGAUGAUGAGCCUCCUCCUCCUCCUUCUCCAAUUCCUGAAGUUCCCUAUGUCAUUUCUGGGAAAUUUUAUUCACCAUCAAACACUUCAGUGAAUGAUGCACCAGUGUGUGCAAUGGCACGUGAUUGCAAAGAAUGGUACUAUGAUUUGGGAGCUACUUACGAUGGAAUAUAUACUGUAAAACCAGAUGAUGGUGAACCUUUCCAAGUUUAUUGUGAAAGUGGAUGGACUGUAUUUCAGAGAAGACAAGAUGGAUCUGUUGAUUUCUACAGGGGGUGGAUUGACUAUGAGAAUGGGUUUGGUGAUUUGAAUGGUGAGUUUUGGUUAGGAUUGAGCAAGAUUCAUCGUCUUACUAAAGAAGGAACACACAGGCUAGAUAUUUAUCUCACAUAUAAUAGUUGGUACACUGAUCAUGUUGUGUAUUCAUCAUUCAAUAUUAGUGACCGUGACACUGAAUACAUAAUAAAUUUACAAUACUCAUACGGAUCUGCUUAUAAUUUAUAUGGACUUUCCAGAACAAUUGAUGAUUCAAUGACUGGUAGGGACUCUCUUAAUGGAAUGAAGUUCAGCACAAAGGAUAAUGAUAAUGAUUAUCACCGUGGUAACUGUGCUGAGGUGCAUCAUGGUGCCUGGUGGUAUAACAGUUGCUCCGACUCUAAUCUCAAUGGCCUAUACUCUGCAACUAAUGAGACUGGAAUAUUUUGGAAGGAUUGUGAGCCUGAGACUGAAAGUAUACGAUCAGGUACAAGGAUGAGAAUUCGUCGUGACAGUUAAAUCAUGGCAAUAUACUGUGGAAUGGAUCGGUCACUGGACUUUUGUGUGUGUGUGCCAAUUUAAACAAUUAUUAGUUAGUUUUUGUAGAGAGACUUUAUAGUGAUUUUUGUAUUAA